AUGGACCCUCACCCUUACCUCGUCGAACUCGCUCAAGCUGGUUCUGAAUCGCUUCGAGCAGGGAUCUUGAACGUCCCGCUUCACGAGCGCGAUUUUCUCGAGGCAUGGUGUCGAGAUACCCUCUCCAACUACGCCUCGACUCCCGCACUUUCCCGUACUCCAUCAUCCCUUAUGGGAAUGAUUUCUCCUUCCUCAAUUGGAGUGGGGAAUAUCGCUUCUGCUGCUACGUCUUCCUCGGACCUCUCUUCACCCCCUCUCGAUUCGUUGGUUCUCUCGCCCGGCCCGAACGGAGGAUGCAAAGACAUGUUCAAGUCUGUACCGCUUGAUGCUGUUCUAUACGAACUCGAACUACUCCUCGACGAAUACAAAUCCGGAAGCCGACCUCUAGACACCCGUCCCAGCACCCCACUUUCCUUCACAUCCCAAACCUCCUCAUCCGGUACAAUCUCCUCCUUCGCCGUCCCUCCACCCAACUUUUCGUUCGCCCAGCACCCGAGCGUAGCGUUCACGAGACGCGCGUCGGCAGGUUUGAGUCCUAUGCAACAGCUCAUCGCCGAGGGUCCUAGGGGUAAGGGACUUGGGAUUAGGAGCGCCGGAAGGGCGAGGGCGGGCAGCUUUGCUGUUCGUGGUGUGGUGUAA